AUGUCCGCGCACAAUCCCCCUUUGAGCUACGAACCAUCUGCCACCACCACCCACCCUCACUACUCCACCGCCUUACCUCCCGAACUCACCCAUUCCCUUCUAUUUUCAGCUAACUCGCCAUCCGGCAGCUCCACCUCGCAACAUGCGAUAACCUCACCCCCCCACAUCUCCCUGAUGUCCUACACCUACCUCCCCAGCACCCCCUUCUCCCCCCACCCAACAAUCAUCAUGACCACAAACCCUUCCUCCAAGAAGACCCUCAACCUCCUCUCCAACCCCCGCGUCUCUCUCCUCGUACACGACUGGGUCUCCCACCGCCCUCCAACACGUACCCGCAAUCCCGCCCGCGAAGGCUCCCCGCCCCCCGAAGCCACCCAAUCCAGCCUCGCCACCCUCCUGCUCAACAUUAACACCAGCGCCAUGAGCAGCAUCAGUACCACCAUAAUCGGUACCGCGCGCUUCUUGGAAGCAGGCAGCGAAGAGGAAAAGUGGUGCAGGGAGCAGCACCUGGAGAAUAAUACGUUUGCGGCGGAGCCUGCGGAGUUGGGUGUUUUCGGCCAGCGGGCGCGGGAUACCGGUGUUGAGGUCCCGGUAGUGGACGACGAGGUGAGGGUAGUGACCGUGCAGGUGAAAGAAGGCCGCAUCGCUGAUUGGAAAGGUGGAGUGCGAGACUGGGCCGUGGUCUCGGACGAGGAGGAGCGGCAGAUUAGAGACGGGCAGAGAUUGCCUAAUGGUGUUCGGACAUAG